UGAGUUAAUUCAUUCAUUCAGAUGAAGCAUUAAGGCUUGUCACACGAGACAACUUGGGGGCAACCAACAGCAGUGCAUGCUAAAAGAGUACUUAAAUAUUGUCACUCAACAAUUAUUUCUGGUGUUUUGUUUUCGUUUUUCAUCAGGUCAAACUGACGAUACUCAACAAGAAUGGAUAACACUACGAAUGACACAAGGGAGUGUCUGCCGUAUGAUCGCUCAGUGCUCGAUGUCUUGGACUAUAUAUUUGAGGAUACCACAAUGACCAGUGCUUUCUGGAUUCUAACAUUUAUUACGAUGCUUCUCGUUUUUGCAUUUGUCGAGAAUGUGAACUUUGUUGUCCAGAAGAUACCGAAUAAAGACAGAAUGAUCCGGAUCUUAUGGAUUCUUGGAAUAUAUCCCCUUUUUGCGAUAACUUCGCUUUUGUCCCUCUACUUCCCAAGAUCAGCAGUCUUCUGUAAUCUCACUGCAACUUGCUACUACGCACUAGGUAUCUACUUCUUCAUGGGACUUAUUGUCUUCUACUUUGGUGGCUAUGAGCAAGCUAUUCACAAAAUUGCUGAUACACAAGUGUCCGUUUUCUGUUGUAAAAAACCAACCAUCAAGUUGACAGAAUGGUCUAUUUUACGACUGCGGAGUUGUGUCAUCCAGUUUGCCAUGAUCAGAGCACUACUCAUGUUUAUUGAGAAUGUUUUGUUUGUUAAUGGAACAUACAGUCCAAGCCAGAUGACAACUGCGAAUGGUUCCAUUAUAAUCUACUCGUUGGUACUGGUCUCUGGUGGUAUUUUCACAGCAGCUCUUUACAUGGUCCAUAAUGCCGCCAAGCCACUGCUUAAAGGUUUCUACCUCAGCACCAAGUGCCUGAUUCUAUUUGUCGGUUUUCUCAUCAGUGACGUUCAAAUGGUCAUCAUUGGCCUCUUGACGACCAAUGGCGUUAUGCCUUGUGUCUCGUUGUGCGACAGUGCAAAUAGGGCAAAUUGUUGGUACAGCUUCUUCCAGAUAAUAGAAAGUGCCAUCAUGUACCCCAUAGUUAUGAUGUACUUCAGAACAAGGAAAGGUAACGUGGUCAGUCUAGUCGACAUGGUCAAGAAGUCUACACCAAGGUGGAAGAAACCAUUAUUGAAGAAGGGACCUAGUAGUAGAUCCUUGUAUAAUUCAUACACAAAUAUGUAACCAUCUGCAGCUUGAUAAACAAAUAAAAAGUGCAUUUAUAGUGGUUGUUAAAGAAAUUGGACACUAUUGGUAUUUGUCAAAGACCAGUCUUCUCACUGGCUGUAUCUCAACAAAUGCAUAAAAUAACAAA